AUGAUUGGCAAACAUUUCGUUCAAGAUAUACUGGUACCCAAGCCUCGUCGUCGGAAGGACGAUGUGAAAAAUAUCUGCCUGUUCAUCAGUGCUAUUGCCACUCUCUGGGUCUACUAUCUACUAAACAAACCCGCUGUUAACAAGCGAAGUUUGAAUGCGAUUCGAAAAUGUGCGAUUGAGAAUGUUCAGGCCGAUCUCUCGUUUCUAGACUCGGCGAGACCAAUUCACACAGAUGAGUUCCUCGAUCGACGCGAGCGACUCGCUCAAGCCUUAGUUGCCGCUAACGUCGAUGCAUUCGUGCUUGAGCCCGGCUACACCUUCCAAUACUACGGGAAUGUAUCGCAGACGGACUGGGAGCCAUGGGAGCCAGAAGAGCGGCCGUUUCUAAUGCUCAUACUACCUGUCCUCUCACAAUCGGGAGACGUAUCGGCCAAGACGGCAUUCUUGGCACCGCAUUUUGAAGAGGGACGAGUGCGAAUGCUCGGAAUCCCGUCCCGGGAAGAGGAUCUAGAUAUAGUCAUUUGGGAGGAGCAUUGGGACCCAUAUGCGACUUUACUCGAAUCGCGUCUCUUCGCCGGCCUCAAUGGCACUGCGAAACGACGGGCGCCCAUACUCGUGGUAGAUGAGGAGCUUCGCGAUUUCAUCUCCCGUGGUCUGUCAAAAGCGGGCUUUGAAACGGUAGGUUUGACCCCCGAGGUUGAGCUCGUGCGCCAGAUCAAGACUCCGGCAGAAGUGGAGAUACUGCGUGCCGUCAACACAGGCACUGACGAGGUUCGGGAUGUGCUGAAUGAAGUUCUACGGUCGAUUGGGUUUGAUCCAUUCUUCAAUAUAGUGCUAUUCGAGGAAGAUGGCGCGCUACCACACGGUGGCUUUGUUGUGGGUAAGAAGAAAGUCACGGAGGACACGAUGGUCGUCAUCGACGUCGGAGCGCAUUAUCUUGGCUACUCUUCAGAUAUCUGCCGCAGCUUCUUCAUCGAUCCUGUUCGCAUAGAUACCGCAAGUCAUUCAUUUCCAUCAGGCCAUAUGCGAGAUACUUCGAAUCCAGAACUCCGUGAAGAAAAGCUCCGAGUUUGGGACAUCGUCCUUGCGGCUCAAUCGGCUGCGGCGCUUGCACUCAAGCCCAAUAACACUGCCGCUCGUGCUGAUAUAGCCGCUCGAUCCGUCAUCGAGGACGCUGGGUAUGGCGAACGGUUCACGCAUCGUGUGGGACACAGCAUUGGGAUCAAAGCGCAUGAGUCGCCGUAUCUGAAUCAAUGGAACAGGGAAACACGGCUUCAGCCAGGUAUGAUAUUCACCAAUGAGCCUGGAAUCUAUAUUGAAGGAAAGUUCGGAGUCCGCCAUGAAGACGUUUACUUGGUGAAGCAAUAUGGAGAAGCUGAACUGCUCACUGGUAGGAGGGCAACUAACCCGUAUAACCCCUGA